AUGAGUAAGGAUAAAGUAAUUCACCUGACGGAGAAGUCACAAUCCCCGAAGCGCUGGGCUAGACACUUCCAGGGCGACUUAAAGCACUCUUUGACAAUAUGUGAAGAAGCUCGUAACCGUCUUCCUGCAGUGGGCACCAACGACGAUCGUCCGCCCUCUUUCUUUGAGGCAGUCAAGGUCUACAACAGCUGUCCAGGGAAAAGCACUGGUAUCAAAUGCAAUAGCAGCCGGCUCACAGCUCAUGGAAAAGCUUACUUCGGUAUCCAUGGAAUGGUGGUGAAGAGGACACAUUCCGAAGACUUCAAGGAUGUCCCCAUCGCGUACGUCUUGGAACGCAAUGCUAAGUGGUGGCUCAGCGAUAACCAAAGAUGCGCCUCUUAUCUUAGCACUUCCCCUGUCCUACUCCCUAACCUGCCCAUGCAUCUGGAGAACAGCCUCUCUGAGAAUCGCAGUGCGGAUUCUGGAAACACCAUGGAACCACGGGCAUGA